AUGGACUUUAAAACAACUAGGUCUCUUCUUCUCCUGCUUCUGGGCUUCUGCAACGCUCAGCAAGGAAAUGAUCAUGGUGCUGAUGAUGAGAUCUCAGUGGAUGGCUCCGCUAUGGAGGACAUUACCACAACCAUUCUGAGAAUGAACAAUGGAUCUAAAGAUUUUCUGCUGGAAGGAGACGUGUUGAUUCCAAAAACCAGGAAUGCUAUGAAGUGCUUUAAUAAAGCAUAUACCUGCCUGUGGUCAAAAUCUGCUAAUGGGAACGUGGAAAUCCCUUUCAUCUUAAGUGAAAAAUAUGACAACUCUGAGAGGAGUCAGAUUUUAGCAGCCUUGAGGGACUUUGAAUCAAAAACCUGCAUUCGCUUCAUUCCACGUGCGGCUCAGAGGGCGUACUUAAGCAUUGAACCAAGAUAUGGCUGUUCCUCUUUACUGGGUCGUAUUGGAGACAAGCAGGUGGUGUCACUGCAGAGGUUCGGCUGCAUACGCCACGGCAUCAUCCAGCAUGAGCUGCUGCACGCACUAGGUUUCUACCACGAACACACUCGCAGCGACCGCGACAUGUAUGUCAAAAUCAACUGGGAAAACAUCAAUAAAUAUUUUGUCUACAACUUCCAAAAGAAGGACACAGAUAAUCUCAACACUCCAUACGACUACUCCUCUGUAAUGCACUAUGGAAGAACUGCCUUUGGAAAGUUUGGAGCCGAAACCAUAACUCCCAUCCAUGACCCCUCUGCUUCGGUCGGCCAGAGAGAUGGCCUGUCCAAAAUCGACAUUCUCAGGAUCAACAGGCUCUACAAGUGCUGGAGUUACUUCGGAUAG